AAGAAAACAGAUACAAAGCUGGAGGACGAAAGCAAAGAAGGUUUUAAAAAGAACCAGAUUCUGGAUAGAGUAAGGUGGAGGAUUUUUUUAUCCUUCUUGAAGCAAAUGCCUUUUCGGUUCAUCAAUGAUCACCCUGGCUUGCCCUGCGUUUUUUUGUCUGAGCCUGGUGGUUCUUCUGCUCAGGUACUCCUUUAUGGCGGUCAAGUGAUUUCAUGGAAGAAUGAACAAGGAGACGAGCUACUCUUUAAGAGCAGCAAGCCAACUGGGAAAUCUCCUAAAUCAAUCAAGGGAGGGAUAUCUAUUUGUUUCCCACAGUUUGGAACUUCAGGAGCAUCAGAGAAGCAAGGAUCCCCAAGGAGCAAGUUAUGGUCUUUGGAAAAUUGCCCGUUGCAUUUGGUUCCCACUGGAAGCCCAUCAUCUGUGGAUCUUAUAUUAAAGUCGACAGACAAUGAGACAAAUACAUGGCCGCGCAGCUUUGAGCUACGGAUUCAUGUUUCUCUUAGUCCAGGCAAGCUUACCAUUGUACCCCAGGUGAAAAAUACUGAUAACAGGUCUCUGUCAUUCACCUUGGCUGUUCGCAAUUACUUAUCAGUAUCGGACAUAAGUGAAGUACGCGUGGAAGGCUUGGAGACACUCGAUUACCUAGACAAUCUGCUUGAGAGAGAGAGGUUUACAGAGCAAGCAGAUGCUUUAACUUUUGAUGGAGAGGUUGAUCGGAUUUACCUGGAGACACAAACAAACAUAGCCAUUAUAGACCACGAGAAAAAAAGAACCUUCGUGCUACGAAAAGAUGGCCUCCCGGAUGCUGGAGUGUGGAAUCCUUGGACAAAGGCUAGCAAGGGGUUUUCGGGAUUGGGAGAAAAUGAGUACAAGCAAAUGUUGUGUGUGAAUUCAGGUGCACUUGAGAACCCAAUCACCCUGAAACCAGCGGAAGAAUGGAAAGGGUUUCAGGAGAUUUCUGCAGUGUCUUCAAGUUACUGUAGCGGUCAGUUGGAUCCUCAAAUGGUUCUUCAGUGGUUGUAAACUUGUAAUCUCCAGCUUACUUCCAUAGUUCCAUAGUUCCAUUGUCCAUAUAUAAAAAUAUUACUCUUCACCGUUUGAUAUGAUUAAAGUUGAUGAUGCCCA